AUGACCAUGGACAUCGUGAAGCAUGACGGCAAGCCAGGUGCUGCCGCCGAUGAUGACGAGCAUACCAUCAAGCCUCAGGCCCUGACCCCCCAGCUCGACACCAGCACGUGGCCGCUGCUCCUCAAGAACUACGACAAGCUCCUCGUUCGCACUGGUCACUUUACUCCCAUCCCCGCGGGUUGCAGCCCUCUUAAGCGAGACAUCAAGUCAUACAUCUCGAGCGGUGUCAUUAACCUCGACAAGCCUUCGAAUCCUAGCAGUCACGAGGUCGUCGCUUGGCUGAAGCGUAUCCUUCGCGCCGAGAAGACUGGCCACAGCGGAACUCUUGACCCCAAGGUCACCGGCUGCCUGAUUGUUUGCAUUGACCGUGCCACAAGACUCGUGAAGAGCCAGCAAGGUGCCGGCAAGGAGUACGUGUGUGUCAUUCGGCUCCACGACAAACUGCCCGGCGGUCAAGUCCAAUUUGCCCGUGCUCUCGAGUCUUUGACCGGUGCUCUGUUCCAGCGUCCUCCUCUGAUUUCGGCUGUCAAGCGCCAGCUUCGUAUCCGAACCAUCCACGAAUCCAAGCUUAUCGAGUUCGACAAUGAUCGCCAUCUCGGUGUUUUCUGGGUCUCUUGCGAAGCGGGCACGUACAUUCGAACCCUUUGUGUCCAUCUGGGUCUGCUUCUCGGUGUUGGCGCGCACAUGCAGGAACUCCGACGAGUGCGGAGUGGAGCCAUGGACGAGAACCUCGGCCUGAUUACGCUCCACGAUGUCCUUGAUGCUCAGUGGAUGAUGGACAACACCAGAGACGAAUCGUACCUUCGCAAGGUCAUCGUCCCCUUGGAGACCCUGCUUGUGGGUUACAAGCGGAUUGUCGUUAAGGAUAGCGCUGUCAACGCUGUGUGCUACGGCGCCAAGCUCAUGCUUCCUGGUCUGCUUCGAUAUGAGGCUGGUAUUGAGGUCAACGACGAAGUGGUUCUCAUGACCACCAAGGGCGAGGCCAUCGCCCUCGCCAUCGCGCAGAUGUCCACCGUCGAGAUGUCGACUUGCGACCACGGCGUUGUCGCCAAGGUCAAGCGCUGCAUCAUGGAACGCGACCUGUACCCGAGGAGAUGGGGUCUCGGCCCCCUGGCCUCCGAGAAGAAGAAGAUGAAGGCCGACGGCAAGCUCGACAAGUACGGACGACCGAACGAGGCCACGCCGGCCAAGUGGGUUUCCGAGUACAAGGAUUUCAAUGGCAACGGUGCUGCCGACGCCACCCCAGCCCCAGCGGCCGCGGCGCCCCAGACCCCGGCUCCCGCUGAGAAGGCGGCGCCCGCCCCUCAGGUUUCCACGCCAGCGGAGCAGGACUCGAAGAAGCGGAAGAAGCACGAGGGCGAGACGCCGGAUGAGAAGGCGGAACGGAAGCGGAGGAAGGCGGAAAAGAAGGCCGCCAAGGAAGCGAAGAAGGCCGCCAAGACAGCGGCUUCGGGAGCUGCUGAUGACAGCGAUGACAGCGACUAA